ACCGGCGCAUCGUGUUAUCAGCCAGGCAGAUUACGCUUGAGUUCACGCAGAACCGCAACCCGUGUUAGUGCGAAAUCUCGGCAGCUGCUCAGGAGGGCCAGAACAUCCGCACUUCCAUAUUCCAAGACUAAAUCCUACUACUGAGAGAAAGGAGGCUGUUGCAGCGGUAACAGCGGUGAUGUUAACAACCAGUCGACUUCCGUAGUCGAUUCCGACACGACGAGCACCGACCAUCUGGAAGCUCGCAAUUCCCUCUGGAAGUUGACGUCAUUUGAGGAAGCACCUACCACAUUACAGAUAGUCGACACUGGGAAGCGGACCGGGUUAACCGAUUAACACGGAGUGGUAAAGGAUCCGAGCAGAAUACCAUGGUGUUCCAAUCGGAUUUUAUGGAUGACGAGUACGAGGCGCACAGUAUUCAGCUUGACGAGGAGACAGGCGAACAUGUGGAGCCGAUCCAGUUCACGUUCGUGGAGGGGCUAGCCACCACAAACGAGGAGACCGGAGAGCCCGAGGCAUUCCGCCUCAAGGAGGCUGUGGAGGAGCGCGUGUGCAGUGGGGGUCGGCGCAAAAAGCCCUUCCAGAUUCCGCGCAGCGCCCUGCUGCAGGACGAGGACGAGCCAGACGUGAAGCGGUCCGGCCCGCUGGUGCCCGCCGCGCCGUCCGUCCCCACCGGUAUCGUCCUCAAACGCCAGAAGUCGUGCAUAAUCGAGGAGCACGUGGGCCGCGCCUCGCAGAACAUGAACCCCGCCGUCUUCCUGCUGCCCACGCUCUUCCUGUUCCCGGCCUGGGCCAGCAUAUUCUGCAUCAUCCUCGAGCUGUGCAUCCACAUGUGGGCGCACCGCAAGAACUGGGAGCGCAGUGAGCUCGUGGGAGCGGGCACCAGCCCGCUGCCCGCUCUCUACCGCUCGCCGCUCAACACCAUCACCUCGGAGUUCUGCGCCUACUGCCAGUCGGAUAAGCUUAUGGCCACCAUAGGCAAGCUGCAGGACGAGCGGAAGACCAGACUCGACAACAGGAAACUCAGAUACUGCGCCUACGUCGAGCGGAUGAGUGUCGUCACAUAGCGAGCACGCCUUCUCUUGAGAGUCUGAAGCCACUUCAGUCACAUUAUGCACACCACCAAUACCCAUGUGGUUUCGAACUGCUAUACUCUUUCGAUACAUUAUCUUUUGCAUCACAACUGUUAUAUCGUAUUUGAAAUGUUUUUCUGGAUAUUUUUUGUUGCAAUCCAGCGACGUAUUUCUAAAGAAAAAAUGUUUCUAAUCACUGCUACUUUAUUUGUUGGCAAUAAAGGGAUCUUUUUUCUUA